AUGAAGUUCGGAAAGUACAUCGAAGCCGAAUCAGUCCCAGAAUGGAAGGCCGCAUACCUAGACUACAAGGCCGUAAAGAAACAGCUCAAAGAGCUUCCGUUUCUUCGCCUCCCACCUCCUUCACCUGGUGGUAUACACCACAACUCUCUUCGCAGAAAUUCAAUGUCGCGGUCUGCUACCGAGUUGAGACAGAGAGGGCCUGGGAGUGGUGGUAGUCUUCUUGGUGGGAGUCGACAGACGUCGCCUGGUUUAGGACCGUCGGCGCUGCAGAGCGAUGAAGAGUUCUUGGCUAGUACAUUGAGGUCUAAGAGGAAUGAGGAGAAGCUGUUCUUCGCGUUGUUGGAUGCUGAGGUUGGAAAGGCUCAAAAGUUUUAUGAAGAUCGUGAAGCUGAAGCACUUAACAAAUACGAAGAAAUAGAAGCCCAAUGCCGAUUCGUAAACUCUGUAGAUCCUCCCACACAACCAUCCAAACAACCAGUAAAAAAAAUCCGUGAGCUACUAAAAACACUAGACGGAUACGUAACCGCUAAGGGCAACAACAUAAUCCACCUAACCAACAAAGACGAAGAACAUCCAACCUCCGAAACCCCUCCUGUAACACGAGCAGAUGUCAAACGACUCCGUAAAGCUAUAUUGGAAUAUUAUAGAUCACUGUCACUUUUAAAGAACUACCAAACGUUGAAUCGAGUGGCACUAGAAAAGUCACUUAAGAAAUAUGCACGCCAUUUCGAAGAUUGGGGUGGUCGUGCUGCAUAUGCUCGUAAAGUGUUGAAGCUAUCGCUUUUUGAUAAAAAGCACGAUGUGGUGCCCAAGAUGAUUACCAAGACGGAGCAACUGUAUGCGAGUACGUUCGCUGAUGGGGAUAAGAAGCGGGCUAUGCAGAGGCUACGGUUGCCUGAUUUGAGGAGUCAGCCACAUUUACUGCCGACGUGGAGGUCUGGGAUUUAUCUUGGAAUAUCACUGGGUCCAAUAUUCACCACUAUUCAUAAUCUACUGAACAACCAGAUAACGUCCAAGGAUCCGUACACCAUGUUGCAGCUAUAUGGUGGAUUCGCGAUACCCAUACUGGCAUCAUUGCUAUUCUCAAUUGAUUUAUAUUACUGGAGUCAUGCUAGGAUUAACUAUGUAUUUAUCUUUCAACUUGAUCCCAGGAACUUUCUAGUGUUACAAGAAUACAUUGAAGUGGCCUCCUUCGUAGUCAUGAUGUGGUCGAUAUUCUUGUAUCUGACCGUCAUUGACAAUAUCUUCCCAUUUGUACCGUCUGAGAUCUAUCCUGUGAUAUUCGCAGGCCUAGUAAUCCUCAUAUUUGUAAACCCAUUCAACGUGAUGCAAAAGACAUCACGGUACUGGUUUCUCAGCUCAUUGAUCCGGAUUGUGCUUUCUGGAUUAUACGAAGUCGAGUUUCGAGAUUUCUUUUUGGCUGAUCAGUUGAAUUCCAUGACGUAUUUCUUUGUUGGGCUAAUGUAUUUCGGGUGUGCGUUGCAACAUGGGUUGACUGAUACAGACACAUACUGUAACGGCGCAUCAAAAUCAUGGGUCCUCCCUGUGAUAGCAGGUUUACCACCAUUCUGGCGCCUCAUGCAAUGCGGUAGACGAUUCAUCGACUCUGGCGGAAGCGCGCCGCAUGCAUUGAAUGCCAUCAAAUACAUCUUGUCCCUUGCAGUCAUUUAUCUAGCUACAGCACAGAACAUUGAAGGUGAUUUAUGGUUGCGAGUGCUGUGGAUUGUGGUGUCGGCUUGUGCAAGUUUGUACGCUACGGCUUGGGAUGUGUUUUGGGACUGGGGUUUGGGAAAGAAUACGGCUGACAUGAAGCAUCCUUUUUUGAGGAAUGAUUUGGCGUAUCCUUUUAUAUGGGCAAGUGCAUUGAGAUUGAGUCUGUUGCAUAAGCCCACCAAUCUCUAUUAUCUCGCUAUGCCGUUGGACUUGGUCUUACGUUUUGGUUGGAUUAUCACUCUGUCUCCUUCGUUCUGGGUGCGGCAGUUUCCAGCACUGGGUUUUGUGCUGGCUAUUGUAGAGAUUGGAAGGAGAACCCUCUGGAACCUCUUCCGCAUGGAGAACGAGCACGUAAACAAUGUCGGUAACUUUCGUGCCUUCCUCGACAUGCCACUACCAUUCGAAGCACACGCUCUCCGCCCCUCAUUCUCUAAUCGGCGGCAUCCACUCGAAGUCGAAUCUGAUCCGGAACCUGAACCUAAGAUUCAUUUCGCGCCUACGCCUAAAGGGGUGCUGUCUGGACACAGGGCGUUUGAUGAUAUGGAGAUGGAGCCGCUUAUUUUGGAUAAUUUUGACGAUGAAUUGGUCAUGGGUGGUAAGAGGAGUCGGACUGUUAGUGAGAAGCAGUUGUAA